UACUUCUCACAAGCAGUGCAUUAGGCAGGAUGAACAUCACCCCCGUUUUAUAGGAAGGGAAACUUAGGCACUUGCCUAUAGUUAUCCAGGGAGUAAAGUCAUAGUUAGCAUUCAUCUGGGGGCAUUUGUGGGUCCUUAAGUCAGACUGUAUGGCUUUGAGAGAGUCUAUCACCUGCACCCACUCCCCCAGCUGCUGUACAGGCCGUCGAAGAGCCCUACAUUGCAGGCGUGUGGGGCAGGCACGAGAGCAGAGACUAGCACAGCAGGUAACUGGGUCUGCUCUGGAAAAACCAGGUGCUUGUAAAAGCCUCACUAUUACUAUCAUUGUUGUGCCUGUUCCCAGGUGGGGAAACUGAAGCUCAGCACAGUGAGCCUCAGUGUUGCCUAGCAGGGUCCUAGGCCCAUACUUUCCCAAUGCUCCCCCACCCACGGCUGGCUCUGAGCCUCAGACAGCGUGAUCCCAGCGUGGCUCGGCCAGACAUUUGCCUGAUGCAACUGUCGUGCCACUGCCAAGGCCCUUGCACAACACGGGGCAUCCAGUUGGCUAGUUAACGAUUAUCCAGGGGUUAAUGGAGAUGUGGGAGGAUAAAAGGAAACACUGGUGGUGCUGUGGCUGCACACCAUGUCAGCGCUUGCUCUUUGCCUGCUGUGGACCCUGGCAACAGCAGCCCAGCCUGCUCCCACACCCCCUGUGGGCAGCCUGGAGCCAGCACAGCAAGAGGAGCUGACCCUUCUCUUCCAUGGGACCCUGCAGCUGGGCCAGGCCCUCAAUGGCGUGUACAGGGCCACAGAGGCACAGCUGACAGAGGCUGGACGCAACCUGGGCCUAUACGGCCACACACUGAGACUCUUAGGUCAGGAAAUCAGUCGGGGCAGGGAUGCAGCCCAGGAACUCCGAGCAAGCCUGUUGGACACACAGGUGGGCACUGCGGCUGGGAUGUUGUGGGUGGAUAAAACCAGGCAAGUCCUGGGGGAGGUGGCCCAGGAACAACGGGUGCUGUGGGACAAUGUGCGGCGGCUGGAAGGCCAGCUGAGUGGUGCAUGGCUGGGCCAUACCCACCAAGAAUUUGAGGCCUUAAAGGCUCACGCUGAUAGGCAGAGCCAUGUCGUAUGGGCCCUCAUGGGCCACGUGCAGCGGCAGAAGCGGGAAAUAGCAGAGCAGCAGCACCGGCUGCAAAAGAUCCAGGAGAGACUCCACACAGCAGCGCUCCCAGCCUGAACCUGUCUAGAUGGAACUAAGGACCAGUCACUGAAGGGACAAUUCCAUGCCCCAUGAGGCCCUCCAGUUCCAGGGAGGAACUGCCUAUCCACUGGGGUGGCCAGGGCACUGGGUCGCGCUUCCAGGCACAGAGCAGAGACGGAAGCAGACAGAGCAAAGGCAGAGGAUAUGGCCCUGUUGGGGAGGACUGGAGGAAGGACAUGAGACACGCACCCCUUCAUGCCUACACGCCCCACAUUAAAUCACAGCAGUGGCAUCUCA